CUCCAACCCAACCCACCCUCAUUCAUUCCAUCCCCCUCAAUUUCCCCUCCAAACCGUCGCAAUGGAUCCCUUCUCCGCUGAGGGCGAGCUGAUCAACAUCCACAAUGCCUUCCACCAAGGCCAAUACGACUCCGUGAUCGACUUCGAUACCUCCGCUCUAUCCCCCGAGAACCACCUUCCCGCUCGUGUUCUGCAGCUUCGCGCCAGGAUUGCUCUCGGCCAGACGGACGAAGUGCUCGCCGAUGUCGAAGGCCAGGAGGAGACCCCCGAGCUGGCGGCCGUGAAGGCGCUGGCCCACCAGGCCUCUGGAGACGUGGAAUCCGCAUUGCAGUUGACCCAGGACCUUGCGGAGAACUACCCUGAUAACGGCACUGUACAGGUUCUGGGCGGGACAUUGUUGCAGGCUCAGGGACAUAGUGAGGAGGCGUUGGCUCUGUUGACCAAACAUCAGGGAAACUUGGAGGCUGUCGCCCUGAUCGUCCAAAUUCAUCUCCAGCAGAACCGCUCCGAUCUCGCUCUGAAGGAAGUGCAGGCUGCGAAGCGCUGGGCCCAGGAUUCCCUUUUGGUGAACUUGGCCGAGUCGUGGGUUGGAAUGAGAGUCGGCGGCGAGAAGUACCAAGCUGCAUUCUACGUCUAUGAGGAACUGGCGUCCGCUCCUAGCACCGCCGCACCCCUUUCCAUCGUCGGUCAAGCUGUGGCAGAACUCCAUCUGGGUCGGUUGCCCGAAGCCGAAGCCGCCUUGACUGCGGCACUGGAGAAGUAUCCCGAUGAGGCCGAAUUGAUCGCCAAUACUGUGGUGCUGAAUGUUUUGGCGGGCAAGCCUACGGAGGAACUGGAGCAGCGCCUCGAACAGACCCACCCCUCGCACCCCCUCCUCUCCGACCUCCAAGAAAAGAGCGAAUUGUUCGACACCGCGGCUGCGAAAUACGCCCCGAGAGUGUCAGCUUAAUUUAGGAUAUCCGUUGUUACUUUUGUUUCCUUAUGUGAUUUUUCUGCUCGCUCGCAUUCUGACAUUGAGCCAACAACCCUCCAUCUUGUAUUCUCUCUCUCUGUCCUGUAUUCCUGCUCCCUGGGCGUGAUCUUGUUUUCGAUGAUGAUUUGAUACGACGGCGUAGCUAUGUAUUAUCUAGGUAUUGUCUAGCGAAUGCCCACUCACCUACCUACCUACCUACCUAC